AUGUCCCGCAAGAAUCCUCAGAUCCUUUGCACUCGCGACUACCUCUACGUGGUCGGCAGUGCUACUGGUGCUAGCGGCAUUGUGAGGAGUGCUGAUAUGGGCGCUUCCUUCACCGCUAUUGGUGCGGAAGGCUUCACAGUUAGCACUAUCCCGAGUGAGGUCGAUGGCAUCUGGCAGCUCGGUCCCGAGUUCCCUUACUCUGGCUUCGAGAGUUCUGCUGCUGGUGUUGUCGGCGCUUGGAAGCUCGUGGUCUGCGGUGGUGGCCUCGAGAAGUGCUGGAAGUGUGCUUCCGCUGAUUGUUCUUACUGGGAACAAGGUGGCAAGGUUGCCGAUCAGGUCAGGGACAGACAUGGCGGCCGCAUGUUCGCUAACGGUCAAGGUGAUCUGAUUCUCAUUGGCGGCAGUACCUCUGCUGGUGUUCCUUACUCUGAUGUGUGGAGGUCUCGUGAUGGUGGUGACACCUUCGAGCAGCUCACGGCUAACAUCGCUUCGGAUGGUGUUGGAAAGACUGGCGCUGCUUACACUUUCGCCCCACGCACAGACUCUUGCCUUGUGCAGACUGGUGACGAUACGCUUCACAUCAUCGGUGGUCGUAACGACUCUGUCUCUUCAACUGCUACCGUAUUCCAGAAUGACUGGUACACCUCUUAUCCGGGCAGGUUGGACUACUUCGAUAGCAACUACGCUGCUGCGAAUGAGCAUUACAUUGGCUCUGGUGACGCUGCUACUCAGUACGCUGCUCGUCCUACCGUCAUUGGUGCUUCCCCUCACUGGAAGCAGAAGCGCAGCAUCGAGGAUGACAUCGUUAUCCGCUUCAGCGAGAUGCUCCACGAUGGCAAGAAGUUCAUGCCUAGUCGUCUCGUCUGGGUCUGCCGUGGUACUUCGCGGUGCUCUUCUACCGUUGGUACUGCUUCUGCUGCGACGACCGCUGGUGGCACUUACGUUGCCGUAUGUAACGUCACUCAGAGUGGUCCUCUUGGUCGUGGUUGCUGCCAGAAG